AUGAAUCCUCAAUAUUUGCGUGCCCUCCCAAGGGCCUCGGCCAAUGUGUCUGCCGCUCUGCGCUCCUCAACCCGUACCGAACUCACACGGCUCUAUGCCACCCAAAGCGAUCUAGGCUCUGGACCUCGACCGAAGAGGAGGAACAUCACGGUGCUGUCGGACGAUGGAAGAUACGAGUGGGGUGAGCUCAGUGGCAGGGAAAAGGUGUCGCGUGCGACUCAACAGUCCGUAAACUUUAUGGUUGUGAUCGCUGGUGCGGUCCUCACUGGUGGUGUCUUCUACCUUUUCUGGACCGAGAUUGUCUCGCCAAAUAGCCGAACCUGGCAAUUUGAGAAGGCAGUCGAUCGUAUCAAGGAAGAUUCUCGGUGCACAAAGCUUCUUGGAGAUCGGAGAGAAAUCAGGGCAUUUGGCGAGAAUACGUCAAGCCGAUGGCAACGAAACAGACCUAUUGCCACUACCGAGGAGAAGGAUCGAUUAGGACGGGAGCAUCUCCGUAUGAACUUUCAUGUGGAAGGACCCCUCAACUCUGGCGUCGUCGUCGUACACAUGAUCAAGCACUUGGACAAGACUGAGUGGGAAUAUCAACUCCUCGCCCUGGAUGUCAAGGGUCACUCACGCAUUAUCUUGGAGAAGGCAUCGGAGAGACCCAGUGUGGCCAGCUCCCUAAAACUCUUUGGUAUCCAAUGGCGCUGA